UGUAGAUCGAGAACUAAGUAUAUCUAAGUGUUGGUUCAUUUCACUCCAAGGGGUUGCUGCCCAGAUUAGCUAAACAUGGGAAGCAACGGAACAGCCACGGCCACGCACGCGUCAGCGUUGGCUCCGCCGCCGUCGCAGGGGAAGCUGAUCGCAGUGCUGAGCAUCGACGGCGGCGGCAUCCGCGGGCUCAUCCCGGCCACCAUCAUCGCCUGCCUCGAGGCCAAGCUCCAGGAGCUGGACGGGCCGGGCGCACGGAUCGCGGACUACUUCGACGUGAUCGCCGGGACAAGCACCGGCGCGCUGAUCACGGCGAUGCUGGCUGCGCCGGACGAGAACAAGCGGCCGCUCUUCGCCGCCAAGGACAUCAACCAGUUCUACCUCGAGAACGGCCCCAAGAUCUUUCCACAGGAAAAGGCGGGGUUCCUGAAGCCGGUGGCGAACCUGCUGAGGGUGAUCAGAGGGCCCAAGUACGACGGCUCCUUCCUACACGACAAGAUCAAGAGCCUGACCCGCGACGUGACGGUGGCGGACACGGUGACCAACGUCGUCGUGCCGGCGUUCGACGUCAAGUGCCUGCAGCCCAUCAUCUUCUCCACGUACGAGGCCGAGCACGACCCCCUCAAGAACGCGCACCUGUCCGACAUCUGCAUCAGCACGGCGGCGGCGCCCACCUACUUCCCGGCGCACUUCUUCAAAACCCACGGCCCUGAUGGACAGUUCCGGGAGUUCCACCUCAUCGACGGGGGCAUCGCGGCCAACAACCCCACCAUGGUCGCCAUGUCCAUGCUCACCAAGGAGGUGCUCCGUCAUAACCUGAACUUCACUGGGAACCCAGCAGAGUACCGGAACUACCUCAUCAUCUCCAUCGGGACUGGGUCAGCCAAGCAGGCAGAGAAGUACACUGCGCCAAAGUGUGCCAAGUGGGGCCUGCUCCGGUGGCUCUACGACGGCGGCUUCACCCCACUCAUCGACAUCUUCUCCCACGCCAGCGCCGACAUGGUCGACAUCCAUGCCCAAGUGCUCUUCAAGGCCCUCCGGUGCGAAGAGAACUACCUCCGCAUCCAGGAUGAUUCGCUGACAGGUCACACGUCGUCGGUGGACAUCGCGACCAAGGAGAACAUGGAGGCGCUGAUCGGAAUCGGCAAGGAGCUGCUCAAGAAGCCAGUGGCGAGGGUGAACAUCGACACAGGGGUGUACGAGGCCGUCGCCGGUGAGGGCACCAACGAGGAGGCGCUGGAGCGCUUCGCCAAGAAGCUCUCCGACGAGCUCAGGCUACGCAAGAACAACUUCAACUCCUACUAGAGCUCAGGCUUCGCGUAGCCUAGCCAAGCUCUAAUAAGCUUCUGCUUGCUUGCCAACAAGCUGAGCACUAAACGCGGCCAAGUAUAUUUAGAUCUGCCUAAUGAGUUGUAAUACACUAAUACAUGUGAUAUGGAUGAUCAUUAGGGUAUAAUUGAAUUGAAUACGGACAGAUAUCGCUGAUCCUAUAUCU